UCUAUGUGGGACCCGCAACUGGUGAUAUAGACAGAAAUUGAGGAUAGGAUUUGCAAAAACCAUCCAUGGGUAAGAUUUUUGAAAAAGCGGAGACAUAAAAAAAAACUUACCCAGAGCCAGAAGAAGAAGAAGGAAACGAAUUAAAAAUUAUGCAGAUUUCUUCAAGCAUUUCAAGCUCAAACACUCCUUAUUUUCUUAAACCUCAUGAACCCACAUCGCAAACAUCAUCAAGAGUCAAUUUCCUAACUGUUAGAAAGCAAGAUAAAUGGCAUCAACGUGCUCCAUCUGCUAUAAAAGGGUCUGGGUUUCCUGGGGCUGGGUCUGGUUUUCUUUCUACAAUUGAAAGAGCAGUUGUUGAAGAAGAAGAGUAUAGGAAAGCUAGGUCUGAAGUUAAAAGGAAAGGAAUUGACAUUGAAGGUUAUUUAGUUGAGGGUAUGUCAAUCGGAGGUCAUGAAACUUGUAUUAUCAUACCAAGAUUGAAUGCUGCUCUUGAUAUUGGAAGAUGUCCAUCUAGAGCUGUGAAUCAAGAUUUCUUGUUCAUAACUCAUGCUCAUCUUGAUCAUAUUGGUGGGCUUCCAAUGUAUGUUGCAACUCGUGGCCUUUACAGCUUAAAACCUCCAACAAUUUUUGUACCUUCAUGCAUCCAAGAGGAUGUGGAAAAGUUAUUCGACCUUCACAGAUCUAUGAGUCAAGUGGAUUUGGAGUUUGAUCUUGUUGCUUUGGAUAUGGGUGAUACCUAUGAAAUACGGAACGAUCUUGUUGUUAGAGCAUUUGAAACUAACCAUGUUAUUCCUAGUCAGGGCUAUUGUUUUUACUCGGUGAGGAAGAAGCUUAAGAAGCAGUACUCUCAUUUAAAAGGAAGGCAAUUUGAGAAACUAAAAAAUUCAGGUGUUGAGAUUACAGAUACUGUAUUAUCUCCAGAGGUAGCUUUUACAGGAGAUACAUCGUCCGAUUUUUUUCUUAACCCACGCAGUGCUGAUGCCUUGAGAGCUAAAGUUCUGAUUACAGAGGCCACUUUCUUGGAUGAAGCAGUUAGUGUUGAGCAUGCUCGAGAUCAUGGGCAUACUCAUUUGUUUGAGAUCAUGGAACAUGCAAAUUGGAUCCGCAACGAAACGGUACUGCUCACACAUUUUUCGUCCCGGUACAAGCUUGAGGACAUUCGGGAAGCUGUUCUGAAGCUACAGCCAAAGAUGUCAGCCAAGGUGGUUGCUUUGACAGAAGGCUUCAAAUCAAUGUACAAUAACUGAAUAACAUAUACAUGGUUUCUUCUGCACAUUAUUGAUGUAAGGAGAUGUAACCUCGUCAGUCUUCAUUAGUAAUAUUGGGUUCUUUGCUUAUACAAGUUUUUGUUUUUCUUUCUCAUGAAUAACGUUAAUGUUUUUCCUAGUUAAUAUCACGCCAUUCAUACUCGAUACUGCUCGUCCAAAAUAAACUCAUGUUUUUGAUUUUUUCUUUAA